AGGGGCACGCGAUGCGCUGGAUUUUACUUCCAGCAGUCUUUUACUCAAUCAGAUGUCAAGAUAUCGCACGUAUAGGUCAUAAUCAUCCCGCGGCUGCUCCAGACUUAACAAGUCAUUUGGCCAGGAAUUUGAAUGAUGACCCUCUUCUCAGCCAAGAGGAUACAUACUAUGAAGGCCUUAUCGACCCCGAGGGUCGGCGCUUCAUCGCUCCUCUUAAGAAGAAAACCAUCGUAGCUGAAGAAGAAUUGCGACGUGAAGCUGCAGAAAUCUCCCGUCUUCUAAAUCCACCCAAAGUCGAAGUGCCCCUGUCUGCAUGGCUGUGGUCAUUUGUUGGAUGUUCUCUCGUCGUGCUUAGUGGAAUUUUACCGGCUUUGAUUUUGCCUGCAAACAGCAGCGAAUAUCUACAAACUAAAGAAGGACGAUGUAAUCUGAAUCUGUUGCUAUCGUUUGCUGUUGGCAGCCUUCUCGGAGAUGUAUUUUUGCAUCUUUUGCCGGAAACUUGGAGCGAUUUAGAAGUUGACGUUGAUCGUAUCGGAUUCUGCUCACUGGGUGGUCUCUUGAUCUGUUCAAUUAUUGAAAAACUCUGCAGUACGACUGAACAAAGCCAGCACAGGAUUUGUGCAAUUAUGAACCUCUGCGCUAACUUAGUGGAUAACUUCACGCAUGGUUUGGCAGUUGGAGCAAGUUUUUUGAUAUCACCACAGUUCGGGAUGAUGACAACCUUCGCGAUCUUAGUUCAUGAAAUACCGCAUGAAAUUAGCGAUUUUGCCAUUCUUCUCAGGGCAGACUUUGAUAAGCUCGACGCUGUUAAAGCACAGUUUUUUACCGCAUCCGGAGGUGUAAUCGGAGCUUCUGUAGCGUUGUAUUUACGUUCGGGAAGUGUACAAUCGCCUGAAUGGAUUCUUCCAUUCACGGCUGGAGGUUUCAUCAACAUCGCAUUGGCACAGAUUCUACCUGAACUGAAUAGGGAAAAAGACCGACGGCAGAACAUAAAGCAGUUGGUGAUGAUCCUUCUAGGAGUUGGUGUUAUGCUAGCUGUUAGCCGUUUCCAUAUUGCCUAAACACACAAACACUCUGCUGUCUACCUUCAGAUUGAAUAUGUCUAUUCACUGUAUAAUAAUCACUGCCUUGACUGAUUCCGAGACCGCCUUACACUUGCCUAAGUCUUUACAAGUCAUUUGAGUCACUAUGGGUCAAUGGGUGUGGAUAGGAUAUCCGUGUUUUCCUUUUCUUUUCCUGCCUAACACACAUUUGAGAUUUUCUCUGUACACUCAUCACUGUAAAUACAAAUUUCUGUACAACCCUAUUCGAAGCUAAACCGGUAUCUCACAACCUGCGAUGUAGUAAUAAAUUGAUUGAGAAUCUUCGCACAGAUGAAUUGUAUAAGCAACUCGUACAGACCUUCUCCAAUAAUAAUUUCUUC